CAGAAGUCGAAAGGGACGCAGAGCUGGGCUGGACUGGCAAUGCUCGGAUAAAUGCCAUCUAUCUCAUCGUUUAGUACUAGUACGGAGUGGUUUCUUUUCUUUUUUCUAUUUUUUGUUUCCCAUCUACUGCGGUGAAACAGAGACAGCUGUAGUAAUUAAUCAAUCUACGAUUCCACCAUGGCGAAACAGUAUCAGCUUCCCUUUCAGCUGGAUGACCCAACUCUGCUGCACUUCGACUCCUUCAUCAACAACGAAUGGGUUACAGCAACCGAUGGCAGCAGAUUUGAAGUCUCCGACCCAGGCACCUCGCUACCAUGGGCCAGCUGCCCCAAUAAUUCCGCCAUCGAUGUCCCGAAGGCCGUCGAAUCCUCCCAUGCCGCUUUCGAAAAGUUCAAAAAAGUAAACCCCCGCAUCAGAGCUCAGCUGCUGAUGAAAUGGGACGGUCUGAUCCGCGACGCACGGUCGGAUCUAGCCAAAAUCCUCACCCACGAGACUGGAAAGCCAAUUGCGGAGGCGUACAGCGAAAUCGACUACGCCCUAGGCUUCACAUGGUGGUUUGCAGGCGAGGCAGAGAGAAUCCAGGGUGGAAUUGCCAUCCCCUCAGCAGCCAACAGACGUGUAUUUACCAUCAAGCAGCCCAUUGGUGUCGCGGCGGCAUUGAUCCCAUGGAACUUUCCCAUCGCCAUGGCAUUGCGAAAGGCCGCUGCCGCCUUCGCCGCCGGCUGCACAAUGAUCAUCAAGCCCAGCCCCGAAACACCAAUUACAACUCUCGUUAUAGCCCAUCUCGCCCAAAAGGCCGGCUUUCCACCUGGCGUCCUCAACGUCUUGACUACCGACCUGGAUAACACCCCCGCCCUCAGCGAAGCGCUCUGCAAGCACCCCCUCGUCAAGAAAGUGACGUUCACCGGCUCCACGCGCGUUGGAAAACUAAUUGCCGCCCACUGCGCCCCGGGCCUGAAAAAAGUCACCCUGGAACUGGGCGGGAACUGCCCCUUCAUCGUCUUCGACGAUGCAAACCUCGAGCAAGCCCUGGACCAGCUCAUGGCUCUCAAAUGGCGCCAUGCCGGCCAGGCCUGCGUCACCGCCAACCGCAUCUACGUCCAGAGCGGCGUGUACGAGAAGUUCAGCCAGAUGCUCAAGGAACGAACCAGCGCCCUUGUCGUGGGCCAUGGGGCCAAUCCAGACACCACCAUGGGCCCAGUAACCACCCCACGCAGUCUCGAUAAGGCUUCUAGCCAGGUCGAGGACGCGGCUAAACUGGGUGGGAAAGUAAUUUUGGGCGGCGGUCGGAAAAGGGACUGUGGCGGCGGCUAUUUCUUUGAGCCUACCAUCAUUACGGAUAUGAAGGCGGAUAUGUUGAUCUCGCGUGAGGAGACGUUUGCGCCGAUCGCGGCUCUGUAUAGGUUUGAGACGGAAGAGGAGGCGGUGAAAUGGGCAAAUGACACGAGUAUGGGCUUGGCGAGCUAUGCGUUUACGAAGAAUGUAGAUCGUUUGUGGAGGAUGUUGGAGAAUCUGGAGGCGGGCAUGAUCGGGUUGAAUACUGGUAACUCAUCUGCUGCGGAAUCUCCAUUCGGUGGCAUCAAAGAAUCUGGGUAUGGCAAGGAGAGCGGCAAGGACGUUGCUGUUGCGGAAUAUUUGAUCACCAAAACCGGCACUUUUACCGUGGAGGGCCAGUACUAGCAUUGAAGGAAAGCAAAACCACACACAAUAUACACUGUAGCUAUUACAAAGGGUUUGCUUUCUGAAUGGUCUGAGUGAAAACGUGUAAUAGAGUUGCCAGAUACCGCUUCCACAGCUGAUGAUAAUAUGCGAUGAUUUGAAUAUAGUUAAAUCGGGCCGCUGGCGGGGCGGGGCUCUUUUCGUACAUGUGUCAAUCCGGGUUCUACUGUCAUUAUCUCUAGUCCUCUUCAAGCCAGCUAGGGACAGUUGACGCAUCACACCCCUAGCAAUAGAUAGUGGGCGUUCAAGCAGUCAAAGCAUAUUUUUGCG